GUCUUAUGAUACCACUUCUGCUUUUACCGCUAAUGAUCUUAGAGUAAUUUCUCGAAAGUGUCCUAAUUUGAGGCAUCUUACCUUUGCAACCACGGGUCCACCUUUCUCCCAUUCUAAUGUAGAACUUCUUUUAAAUUCUGCUCCUAACCUACUCACUUUUUCUGUACUUGAUUGUGAUAGUCAAUGGUUAGAAGGUGCGCUUACGCCAUUACGCCAAGGUCGAUGCCCUAAAUUACAGCAUUUAGAGAUAAAUGACUGUAAUAGGUCUUGGUCUUUUAAUGUUUUGAAAGAUAUUGGUGAAAGUUGUCCUUCUAUUAUCUCCUUGAAAUUAUAUCAACGUGUAAACUCUUUACAAUUAGCAAAGUUGAUCGUUAACUCUUUCCCAAAUCUUCAAACUUUCGAAUGUAAAUAUAUUAAUGAAGCUGGAUUACAAGGUCUCAUCACUGGUUUACAUAAUUUAAAAUCUUUAAGUGCUCAAUUCGAAAAUGAUAUUCAAGUUUCUGAAUCUUUGGCUCCUAAAUUCGCUAAAUUGGAAGCUCUCAGGAUAAGAGCUAUUCAUGUUCAAGAUCAUAAUCCUCUUUUCUCUGUUGCUUUUUCUCAACAUCAACCUUGUCUUAGACAAUUAUAUUUAGCCACUUUACAUAUAACUGAUAAAACUAUCAAGAUGAUUGCAAUGAAUUGUCAUCAUUUGGAAUCUAUAGAAUUAUUCAUGUGUUUUUAUUUAACCGAUGUGGCAAUUUCAACAAUAGCUCAAUAUCGUGGAAAAAAUCUUAAACAUUUAAUGUUAGCUUAUAAUGCUUAUAUUACCGAUACUGGAAUAAAUCAAAUAGCUACUCAUUGUACUGAAUUAAAAUCUAUUGUCAUCAUAUCUUGUGCAAGAUUGACUAAUGUUGCUUUCAAUAACAUUGCUAGAGAAUGUAAAGGUCUUGUUGAAGUUACCGUAAGGCAUGAUUCUUGUCAAAUGUUGGCAUCUAUUGUUCAUACUUUGGCUACUAGAAAUAAAGGAACAUUAAAAGUUUUGAAAGCUUAUGAUGUUAGCGCUAAAGAUGUGGAUAAAAGAUCAAAAUAUAAGGCUGAUGUCACUGUUUUAGAAAGACUUGCUAUACGAUGUCCUCAAAUAAGAACUUUGGUGCUCAAAUGUUGUAUUCAAGAAAAAGAUCCAAAUAAAUUUAAAAAUCUUGAAGAAUUACAAAUAUCUACAUCAGUGAAAUUCUCGCCUUCACACAUAAAACAAUUAGAAAAGCAUAGGAGAUUAAAAUAUGUUACAAUUAUUCACGGACCUCUUUUAAAUGCACGGUCCCGUAUUCAAGAAUCGAGACUUGAAUCAACA